AUGUUCUCCCUCCUACCCCUCCUCCUUCUCACAUCACCUCUAUCUUCUCUCUCAGUUAACGCUGAGCCUGACCUUGCUUCUGAGACUGUUCAACUCUCCGAUAACAUAAACUCUUAUUCAGCCAUGUCUGUUGGAAUCUACUCUCUUCCGGCGUUGCCGUACGCCUAUGAUGCCCUUGAACCUAGCAUCUCUGCUCAAAUCAUGGAACUUCACCACUCCAAGCAUCACCAAGCCUAUGUGACAAAUCUCAACGCCGCACUCAAGAACUACGCCACCGCUACUUCGUCCAACGACAUCGCCGGCCAGAUCGCCCUGCAGUCCGCCAUCAAGUUCAACGGCGGCGGCCACAUCAACCACUCCCUCUUCUGGGAGAACCUCAGUCCCUCUAGCUCUCCAGACUCCAAGCCCGAAAGCGCCCCCACGCUCGGUGCUGAAAUCUCCAAGACGUGGGGCAGCAUCGAGGCUUUCCAAGAGACUUUCAAGAAGACUCUGCUGGGUCUGCAGGGCAGCGGCUGGGGGUGGCUGGUCAAGGACGCCCAGGGCUUGCGUGUCGUUACCACCAAGGACCAGGACCCUGUCGUGGGAGGAGAAGUGCCCAUUUUCGGUGUCGAUAUGUGGGAGCAUGCCUACUAUCUGCAGUACCUCAAUGGAAAGGCUGCUUAUGUUGAUAACAUUUGGAAUGUCAUCAACUGGAAGACGGCCGAGGCUCGUUUCACCGGCUCCCGUGAGGAUGCUUUCAAGGUCCUGCGAGCUUCUAUCUAG